UUUGUCGUACUCAUAUAUAUAUAUGUAUAUAUAUAUAUAUUUACAGAAAAACAUACAUGAAAUAUAUUAUUUCAGAAUUCAAAUGAACUUAAUAAAUUUCAAUUAGUUGAACUUCCAAAUUACACAUCAACCAUCGUUCAAAAUUGUCAUUAGAUUCAAAAGUCGAAAUAUAAUUAAAAGUGGAGUAUAAAGUUGUGCCUUGAUUUUCUAAGUUUAACGAGUACCAUGUACUAUAUUGUCUUUUAUCGAAUGUAUUCAAUGAUAACGAAAUAAUAUAAAUGUAUUUUGUUGAGUUGAAAAAAGGAAAAGAAAAAGAAAAAAAGGGAAAAAAAACGAUAUUUAUAUAAUGAUAGAGCUCUGAGAGAGAGAGAGUGUGUGUGUGUAUGUGUGUGUACGUUUAAGUUUGGAAAUCAACAUGUUACUGCCAUGGGGUACAAAAUUAAUCUUUAAAAUCGUACGAUUAAUUUUAAUUAGAUGUGUGUCAAAACUUUCUCUUAUAAUAUAAUGCCCUUUAUACUGCGUACAAUUUUUAUCUGACCGAACGAUUUGCAUUUAAUAUUUGAAGGGGAAAAAAAAAAGAAAAAAAAAGAACAAACAAAAAACGAGAGUGAGAGAGAGAGUGAGAGAGAGACUGAGAGAGAGAGAGAGAGAGAGAGAAGAAAAAAAAAUUAUUAAAAAAACGAGAGAAAAAUAAGAAAAAUGAUUUUUAAGAGGUUUGAAUAUCAUCAUCCCUCUUUCCAAGUAAUAUUUCCAAUGACACUUAAUAAUCAUACACGUUCUUUGGAUAUAGUCGGGUUAUAAUUUUAUUAUACAUAAUUAGAGAACGACAAUAUAUAAUACACGAAGAAAAUAUAUUUAAAAAAAUAUAUAUAUAUACAUAAAUAAAAAAGAAAAAAAAAACAUUUAAAGAAAAAAAAAGAGAUAACCAAAGCAUUCUAUACUUGAGCUUAAUAGAAGAAGAAUGUUAUCGAACAGUGUAGUAGUGUAUUAUCAACAUUUUUAGCGACCUCGGAGGAAGACGACAUAGAUUUUAUUCAACAGCGUGUAACUUCUGGGGAGGAUUAUUCAAUGGACUGUUGUUUGUGUCAGGAUCAUUAUAAUAAAAAAAAAAAAUCGACCAAGUAUUUGAUCAACGACGAUAUCAAGGCAAUAAUUUGAAUAGAUCGAGUAGACUACGUUCACAAAGAACAAGAGAAAACAUGGAAUUAAGGUUGAUUGGAAGUCAGGUUGAGGAAGCCUUAGGCGAUGACAGGCAAGCAGUUUUGAUACAACAGUUGGAUCUUGUCAGCAAUGCACUUGAGGCGUUGAUCCAUUUCGUACAAUCCUUACAAGUAACCAAUCUAGCUGUUCAAAGGACGAUAGACAUUGGACAUUUGUUAAUUAAUAAUCGUUCAUCAUUGACCGAUAAUUCAACGAGUUUAAAAUUUUUAACAGGACAUAUACAACAGGUAGAAAAUUUAACAGCAAAUGAUUUAUAUAUUAAUAUUUAUUCUUAUAACGAUUGGAUUUAUCAGAUAGAGAAUAAAAAGAAAUUUCGUUCGUCAUUCUUACAAGAUUUAAAGGAACACUGUUUGAAGAGUAUGAAUAUGUCCAAACAAUUACGUAUUUUAUUGGAGGAACAUAAAUCAAGGAAAGAAGAUUUUUCGAUUGCUGCGAAAAAUUUUCAAAAUUUUCUUAACAAAUCUAAAUUGUCACCGUCGCAAUUAGAAAAAUUACGUCGACAGUAUGAUAUUAUCUUGGAGGAUUAUCAAGAGAGUAAACAAAUUUUGGACAAGAUUGGUAACAUUGCACGAAGGUUUUGGAAGGAUAAUCGAAUUUUUUAAAGAUUUCGAUUAUUACAAAGAAAUUUCGGAAAUAUUUAAACAAUUAAGAGAGAAUUUGUACAUCGAGGAUUUCGGUAAUUAAUGGAAACCAAAAAAGAAGUAAUAAUAAUUAAUUUCUUAAUCCUAAUCUUAAUUUUCUAUUUCUCGAUACAGUAAAAGAACACAGCAUUGCCGUCGAAAUACCGGGAAACGUGGAAACGUGUCAAUUGUGUCAAACGACAAAUCGAGUCGAUAAGAAAUAAUAAUAAGAAUAAUAACAACAAUCGCGAAUAAAAGUGUUUUCAUCAUUGAAAAAUGUAUGUUGGUAGAUUAGAUAUACAACGAAUUAUAGACGAUUUGUGGGAAAUCUUAUAAGUUUAAUCCUCUUAGAAGACCGUGUCAAGGUUUGUCCGUGCCACUGAUCAUCUUGUAAACUUAAAGGAUCUCGUGAUCCAUCGGUGCAGAAAAAAAAAAAAAAAAGAAAAAAGAUAGGAAAAGAGAAAAAAAAUGACAAGGUAUAAUCGGCUUUCGAACGAGAAAAUAAAAUCGAUUUGUAUUACAACGAGAUUAGUAGUAAUAUUUGUCAAAAGCUAGUAAAAAUAAAAUAAUGGAUAAAAGUUCUAUUUUACGUAAAAAGAAAGGAAAAAAAAGAGAGAAAAUAAAA